UCGACGUUCUAUGAACACAAACUUGCGCAUCUCUUCUCUUCUCCUAUCAGAAUUUGGGGCUCCGUUUGUAAAUCGCCGUCCGUAUCGUCAAUCUAACCCUAGUUUUUGGAUCAGGUCUGAUAAUUCAAAUCUAGUUUGAGCAAAUCGUGUUUGCCGGGUUCGAAUUUGCUGCAUCAACCGAGUUUCAUGUCUGAGCUUGACAUCCAGGUUCCAUCUGCAUACGAUCCUUUUGCUGAUGCAAAUGCUGAAAAUUCCGGUGCUGGGUCAAAGGACUACGUUCACAUUCGUGUACAACAACGAAAUGGUCGUAAAAGCCUAACAACUGUGCAGGGAUUGAAGAAAGAGUUCAGCUAUAACAAAAUCUUGAAGGAUCUUAAGAAAGAAUUUUGCUGCAAUGGAACCGUUGUUCAGGACCCAGAACUAGGACAGGUUAUUCAACUCCAAGGUGAUCAGAGGAAGAACGUUUCGUCCUUUCUUGUUCAGGCUGGAAUCGUGAAAAAGGAGCAUAUCAAGAUUCAUGGUUUCUGAGCUGCAGCAGCAUCUGUAUCUGUAGUGUGGCUGUGCAAUAUUAACUCAGUGCUAAUCUCUGAGUGUAUAGUAGCUCUAUUUGUUGAACAAGCCUUAACGAUCUACUGAUACUACGUACUGGCUGUUUUGUUUUAGUUUCGUGUUUCUCUACGAGUUUAAUGUGUGAUGUUGACUGAAGUAAGUCUUUUUCUAUUAAUGGAUAUGAUUUGUGAUCUUGCUGUGU